ACUGCACACCUGAGGCUACCUGCGUAGAAAAAAAGCGAGUGGUGCGCGGUGCGCAUGCGCCGCGAGCUUAGCAUGCUUGCGAUGCGUUUGCAAGCACAGCGACAACAGUCUUGUUGUGGACGCGCGCGCGUUGGGACUUUGUGAAAGAACCGCGCGAAUCGAUCGUGAUCAUGUGACUUAAUAAGCGUGAAGCAAUACUAAUUCUAUCGGCGAUAAGAAAUCAUUUUUAAAACUCACAGUGCUGAAGAUUGUUACUCGACGGUUUUAUAUGAAGUGAAGUUUUAAUCCCAGAAAUUUAUUAAAAAGCGAAAAGAUGCGAUGGUUUCGUAAGCAAGGCGACGCUCCGCGCUUGCUGAGCCUGUCGCCAUUGAGGACGGAUUCCCAUCGGCCGGAAGAUGCCCUCAUCGAGACACCGAAAUUAAGCGUGAGACAUGCACAUGCACACCGAUCUAGACUUGAUAUGUCCUUGGGAAGUUGGAGAAACUCCAGCAAUAAACACGAAACAAAUUUUUAUAAUGUUGAAGAGUCUAUGAUUAUUACCGAAAAAUCUCAUCGGAGGAGACAUAAAUCCCAACCACGAUGUGACUUUAAUAACCAAACAUCAGAAAAUAUAACCCCUAACACCAUGAAUACAUUUUCAAGUGGUGGGGGGUUCAGCCAUAGAGAAAAACGUAAUCCCCUGUUGGAUAGAGUUAAACACACGAGGUUAUCAUGUUUUAAAUCAUCAACACCUCUUGAUAACCUCACUAAUCCUUCAACAUCUGAUAAGAUAAUAAACCCACCUCCGGAUAUUACAAGACAUGAUUCAAUCAUCUCCACGAUACAUAAUGAUAAUGAUAAAUGUAAUAAUAUUAAACCUGUUGUAAGAAGUAGUAGAAGCACAAGUAGAACUUAUAUCAAAGAAGAUAGUGAUUAUGUUGAUGGUAAUAGUCCAGCUCCAAUGAAAACAAACCCAAUGGAGUGCUAUGACAGCCUCCCGAGAGUCUCCUGCCUGUCGUCAAAGUUGCGCGCAAUGUCCGAGCGUUAUCUGCAAUCGACGACGAAUAGAUUCAUCGCAAAGUUGUACAAGCCGGCCGAUGAUGAUCAGCCAUUAGCGACGUCGACGCCGAGCAAAGGCUAUCAGAGGUCUCGCGCCAAACUGCGCAGCUUCAGUUAUGGCGCGCUGCCCGGUUUGGAAGAGUUCCAAAAGAAGACGGUGAUCGAGUCCCAGAAGGCGGCGGCGGUGUUUGAUAACGACAACGAUAACGAUAACGAAGACGACGAUCAGGCGCUGCUCAUUGAUGGCGAGGACACUGACUCGGGGAUCCUUGUCACCGACUCCUCAUCCGCAAUGGAGAGCGAUAAUGGCGAUGGUGGUGAUUUAGACUUGCAGAUGAAGACGAGCAAAAAGCCGAGUGAGAGGAUUCCGAAUAUUACGAUGGUUGCACUGAAGAAGAGUGAACCCAGGGAGGAGUUGGGGAUUUUGAUUGCGCAGAAACAAUCACCGAUGAGAGGUUAUGUUGUUGCACAUAUUGUACCAGGGACCUUAGCUUACAGAGAAAACUCUUUAGCUGUUGGUGAUGAAAUAAUCAACGUCAACGAUCGUCUCUUAUCUAAUUUAACUGCUUCGGAAGCCCGUCAAACACUUAGUACCAACGCUUUAGAAGUCCAUCUUUUAAUAUCAAGAGAAAUUUCAAGUCCAAAUGUUCCCAGUCCUCACUACCCAUCACCUCCAAAACCCUCGGAAUCAAUAAUACAAGAAUCCCCUGUUGAUUAUGACCUUCAAAAAACAACCCCGGUAUCAAGAAGACAACACUACUUCCAAAAGAAUAGCAGCAGUCACAGUUCUCAUAAUAAAAUCCUUCGGAGAGCUGUUGUAAGCUAUUCAAACCACUCUAAACAUGGCGACUCUCCUUUUAACAAUAUUACACCACCUCCUCCAAUAAAUCCAUUGAAUAAAAAAACGCGGGAAGACAAUUUAGAUCAAUUACAAGUUUUCAACCCACAAAGUAAACUUAUCCGAUUAGAUAGUGAUUCAUUGGAUCAAGUGACCUCAACGAAUUUUUGUACACUUCCAAGAAGACCCAGGUCAUCAGUAUGCUCGUUUCAUACUGUUGUGUUGGAAAAAGGUCCCGGGAAGAAAUCACUUGGGUUUACUAUCGUUGGAGGAAGAGAUUCACCGAAAGGUGCGCUGGGGAUUUUUGUCAAGACAAUAUUGGCUAAUGGUCAAGCAGCUGAAGAUGGCAGAUUACAAGCAGGUGAUGAAAUCCUAGCUGUCAAUGGUCAAGUCUGUCAUGAUAUCUCACAUGCUGAUGCUGUGCUACUUUUCAAGACAAUUAAAUCAGGACCUAUUGCUUUGCAUGUCUCACGUCGUAAAACAAAAACGAGUAACAAAGCAAAAUCCUGUACUGAUUUGAUGACAACUCCAUAACUCAAAUUAAUUUUUAAAUUAUGAAAAAUUAAUUUUUGAGUUUUAUGAAAAAAAUAUGAUUUAUAUUAAAUACUGCCCUGUUAUUUUUGUAAUUUUUACGUGCUCAAUUUAUAUUAUUGUAAAUUUUCUAUUUAUUCUGCCAAAUAUUCUAUUGUAAAUGUGGUUUUUGUGAUAAAGUCAUUUUUAAAUACUUUUAUAUUUAAUUUUGUAAAUAUUCUAAAAUUUAUAAAUAUCUAUAUAUAUAAAA